AUGCUGGUCUUCUUGUGGGUCCUGCAGGUGGGAGCGUUUCCACCCGGCGACCAUUGUGCCUUCACCAGCGAGGAAGAGUUUGCGCACUGCUGCUGUGACCCGGAGACCUUCUGCUGGGGCUUCAUAGAUACUUGGCAGCGGGAUGACUGCUGCAAGCACAUGGAGGACCGGUGCCCCAGGGACUCCAAGCUGGUGCGGCGCCACAGCCAGCGCUGGCGCCGGGAUCCCUCGGGGCCCAACGGCACCGCGCGCUACAGGCACGGGGAAAGCACUUGGACUUUGGAGCAGCUUCUGAACUGCGACCACCUGCCGCCCUGGAAGCAGUUCCGACAGCAGCUUCAGACACACGGCACAAAGCUGCGGAAGGUGGCACAGGACCCGUGGCUGCUGGAGUUUGCGAGAUCAGCACUCCGAGACCACAACCUCAGCGUAGGCGAGGGCAUGUUCUCGGUGGCCAGCGUCGUGCACCUGCGGGUCAUCUCGCGGCUGGGCUUCUUGGAGGUGCUGCCGGCGCCAGAGGAGAUCUUCUGCUUCUCGGGCUACGUGUCUGCGGCCUUCGUUCUGGCCAUGGCCACGCAGGACCGACAGCUGGUGCGGCAUGCCGCGAACUUGUUCACCGAGGUGAACACGCUGGAGCUCGACACCUCCUCCUCGAGCGCCUGGCCGGUGAGCGUUUGGGACCUCUUGCUGAACCUGGGCCGCUCGCACCGCGUGGCGCCUUGGGCCACCUAUGCGCCGCCGCCUUCGGCUUCGGUGGUGUUGGCGCCGCUGGAAGCGCCAGGACCCUGGCGAAAGGAGCAUCGGGAGGCGACAUGGACACAGCCCAUCAAGGCGAUGACCUUGGUUGACCACCCAGCCUUGGACGUGGAAAUCGUGAGCUUUCUGAUGAGCCUCUUCCCCAUGCACGUCACCUUCGCCUUUCUGGACAAAAGGUCCUCCUACACAGGGAGCACUAUGGCGGACCACAUCUGCAGAGAGUGGCCUCAGUGGUGUGCUUGGCCCCACCGAGCCAUCACCAUCACCGCAGGAGACCCGUCUGAUCCUCGGUGGCGACAAGGGCCGGCGGUGGAUCUCCAUCUCUGCAGCUGGUACGUCUACUGCGACACACUGGAAAAGUGGACUCAGCGCAGGAUGCCGCUGAUCUCCUACUACGGCGGCCAUCCUCUGAACUCCUUCCCGGUGCGCGAUGGCCACACCACCGUGGAGGAGGAGCUUCGCCCCAUGUGGGAUUAUUUGGACCGCCGCACAAGCGCGCUGCUUCUGUGCGACGCGGCGUACACGCGGGAGGCGCUGCACAGCUGGACGGGCCAGCUCUUGCCCAGCUACCGGCCACUGGCGACUUACAUCCCCUGGAAAUAUGCGCCCAAGGCGAGGUCUUUGCUUCUGCCCAAGACCAGCAGCGCGGGGCGCGUGGGCGCCACUGAAUGGAUGUUGGGCCUGUUGGCAUCCGUGGCUGGCGUAGAAACGCUGUCCGCCACCUCGCCGGCUACGCCCAGUUUUCACACGCUCUUCAUGGUCCAGCGGGGGUUCUUGAGCUUUGAGACCUUGGCCGGGUUCAGCGCUGUGGCGUACCUCCCAGGGCCCCACAGCUGGGUUGUCUCUCAGUGGCGGGAGUUCUACAACAUGGGCCUGCCCCUUCUGGUACCCCACCGGGAGGACCUCAUGAGCCACUCGCGCUACUGGUUCGAGCGGCUUUGGCAUAAUCUGCAGCACGUGCCAGAGGAGAAGUGGAUGCCUUCGAGGGCGCACUGGGCGAAGCGCCAUCCCUUCUCUCCCUGGAUGCCGUUGAAGACAUGGAGUUCCCAGUACGCGCAGGCGACAAUGUACUGGUCUCAGUUUCUGGAGUUCUUCACUUGGCCGCACGUGCAGUUCUUCCGGGGGGUGCCGGACCUGGUGCGCAAGGCCCGGACGUUGGACUUCCCGGCCAUCUCGCGCGCCAUGUCCGCGUGGACUCUUCAGGGCGUCGCAGAAGCCGAGAGCUUCUGGCGAGCGGUGCCGGGACCCAAGUCGAGGCCAAAGAUCCAAGCGGUGCCAGGCUCCCUGUGCUGCUUCCGACUGGCGAAGCAAAAGAUCGGCAUCCGCUGA